UGCAGUCGUCCCACGAACGUUGCCGCAGUUGGUCGACAAGAAUCGGUUUCGCGAAUAAAAUGACCGCCACGCCCCUCGCCCACUCUCGUCUCCUGGGAAAAGCGCUGGCAUAUUGAAGUGUAGAAAUAACUAACACACAUAAUUGACAAUUUAGUCGUCUAGCAACUCGGGAAAAAUCUGUGAAAUAUACUGAGAAGUGAACCAAGUGACAGAACUAGCAUUCGGUUUGGUGAACAACUGUGAGAACAAAGAAUACAAAAUGCUGAAGCUAUUCAAGAAGCCAAAAGACAAAAUACCCAAGUCGGAGAUCAUAACCGAACCCAAAGAACCAAAAACACCGCCGGUCUCCAAAUGCGGUAAGCCGCUGCAGCUGGACAACUCACGAUGGGAGCGCCGCCUGCACAAAGAGCUGAUGUCCUUGAUCAAGGAGCCGCCGCCGGGCGUUACCGUUGACACCGAAAGCGUACAGCAAAAUUUAUCCGAAUGGAAAAUAAACAUUAAAGGUUUCGAGGGCACGCUUUACGAGGGCGAGGACUUCCAGCUGCUGUUCAAAUUCAACAAUAAAUAUCCCUUCGAUUCGCCAGAGGUGACCUUCAUCGGCAGCAAUAUACCCGUGCAUCCACAUGUCUACAGCAAUGGACACAUCUGCCUAUCCAUUCUGACCGAGGACUGGUCGCCGGCGCUGUCGGUGCAAUCCGUGUGCCUUAGCAUAGCCUCCAUGUUGAGCAGUUGCCGCGAGAAGAAGCGUCCGCCGGACAACACGCUCUACGUAAAGACCUGCAAUAAGAAUCCCAAAAAGACUAAAUGGUGGUACCACGACGAUUCUGUUUAGUUAGAAGUGCAAUUUAUGACUACUGCCUGCUGAUGUUUGCUUUGCGCAGCCACCCACAAAACACCAUUAGCAAUACGAAAGUAGGACACGGCGAAGAAGGCCCCAGAUAUUUGUGAAUUAUGGGACGUCAGCCAAACACUGUACAAUCGCGAGUGGAGCAGAAAAGCCAGACAAACCAAGUGCACUCGGAUGUGAACGCAAUGUGCAGCAAAGCAAAGCAAAUCGAGUCAACGAGAAACCUAUCAGUAGUGUUUGGCAAACAAUCAUAGCGCAUGCAACCAAUCUAAUUAUAAUAGCUAUGUAUAAUCAACAAAAGGCGUGUGCGAAAAACUAUUAUUAAAUGUUAACAUUUUAAUUAGAUUGUUAAGAUCGAAAUUUAUGUCUAAAUUAAAUGUUACGCUACCAUCUAA